UCAUUAGUAAGGUCAAGGAGUCAGAUUAGUUAGGUCUAAAUAGUCAGACCAAUAUGUAUUUGUCUGCAUGGGUUGCAGUGUUGCUAGGGAGUGUAAUCGAACUGCCACUCGCUUCCGCCUUCCUGAUCGAUCACUGGAAUACAGCGACAACUCACAGUAGUCAUAUCAGUCAUCACUGUUUUUCCUACAGCAGUUACAAUGUGCUCCGUCAGCUUGGGGACGCAAAUGCAUGUUUGAGCGCCAAUUCCGUUUGGCAAUACCUUGAUAAUCUUCAAGUAAGAAGUCCUUCAUGCCGGAAAGAAAUUCAAAAAUAUUUAGCAGAUAAAUAUGCGAAAACUUCACAAUCCAAUGACGGAUGCGUUUGCAAUGCUCGAACAGCACUAGUCGACCAUGAAAUAUAUAGAAUAAAAAAUGGGAGCAUUUUUGACUGCAGGGAUCAUUCACACUCAAGCGCAUACAGUAACAUUGAUUCGACUUUGUUCUCCAACAUUAAAAGACAUGGAUGCAAAAAUCAUGUAUAUUUAUGGCAUCGUCUUGAAAACGUCGCGGAAUUUUGUUCAUCUGCUCAUAGAUGUGUAGACUGUCAACAAGAUCUUAUUGUGAGAGCAUCACUACAAUAUCCCAGCACGAAUUCUGACCCAUGUGUAUGUUCAAAGGUAGAACCGAGUACAACACCUUCAACAAGACACCCAACAACAAAAACAACAACGACACAAAGGCCACUAACAAGAGCUCCAACCACGUCUACGACCCUUGCUCCUACUAUUUCACGUCAUUUUGUAUGUGACAAACGUUCCGUUGUUGAGUUUAUUGCCUUAGAACAACACACGGCACAUCCAAAGGCAAGCCCCUGUGAUCCAAGUAGUGGCGGAAGUGACGAUGCAUAUGUUCUUGCCUCGUGCAAUGCUACGUCACCGAUAACCUGGAGAAGAGGGCAAAACGUAAUGGCUGACUGUGAAUCCCACACACAUUUGAUUCCAGGAUUUACUCCAAUAUCGACAUUUGCACAGGUCAACUAUGACGCCUUAGGUUCACAAUCAGGUGUAUUCCUUGAAUGUUUCAACAGCGGAUUUAAGAUGGCGGUACAAAAAUGUAAUGGUGUACCAGAAAUAGUGCACGUUGAACAUGGAGCAUUUAUAAAUAAUCCAAGAAAUUAUUAUGCUAUUGUUACAAAUUGAUAUUUGAUUAUUUAUCCCGUUAUAACAGUUUUCUUUUCUUUUGUUAAACUUAAAGGAUUUUACGUUAAAAUAUAAAACAUUCAA